AUGAAAUUUUUCAUUGUCACUUUUUGUGCCAUUGCAGCAGUUGCAGCAGAAAACUAUUGCGAUCCGUCGUUGUGCACAGUUUGGGGAUGGAAUCUCGGGCCUCAUAUCGCUUGUCCCGGUUACUAUCAAAAUAAAUGCGAACCAGGUGCCAGAGAAAUUGUCAUCACUCCCGAAUUGCGGCAACUUAUUUUGGACAAACACAAUCGGUAUCGUGACGAUUUGGCAGGAGGAAGAGUUCAUGGAUUCGAAAGAGCUGCUCACUUGCCCGAGAUGACAUGGGACGACGAAUUGGCUUUCAUUGCAUCGAAAAAUGCCAUGAAUUGCGAUUUUGCUCACGAUAAAUGCCGCAACACGAGACGCUUCAAGCAAGCAGGACAAAAUUUGGCUUAUGCCUCGGGAAAUCUUCCCGAAAAUGCAAACGAUUAUGUCUUUAUUGAAGAUGCGAUUAAAGGUUGGUGGGAUGAACACAAAGAUUGCGAUCAAAGAAUUACCGAUCAAUAUCCACAGAGAAUGAGUGGUCGCAUGAUUUUACAUUUCACGGCAAUGGCUCAUGAGCAUAACUACAAAGUCGGAUGUGCAGCAAGUCACUAUCAAGGAAAUACUCGUUAUUUGGUCUGCAAUUAUGCUACUGUCACGAUAACAGGCAAACCUGUUUACAAGCGCGGACGUCGUAAUUGCAAAUAUGGUUAUUCUCAAAGAUAUCCCAACUUGUGUGCAAGCGCUGAUAUCGAUGACGAAGAAUAA